GGAGAGGGAGAGACUGAGAGUGGCAGAGGCUGCAAUACCGGACACGAACCAACAGCAACAACAUAAUUAGACCAAAAGACAUUCACACACACUUAAAGGAAAUAAGAAGAUAGUCAGGACGCAAGGAAUUGGUGGCUGUUCACUUUCUUCAACUGUAGGUGCAGUGACGUGUCCAUCCUUUUAACUCUCAGUAUGUGUGUCAGUGGAGUCAGAUGAAAAGGGGAGGUUGAUUGCAGACUUCAGAGACAGCUUCUUCCAAACAAAGGAGAAACUGUGUGUCUCGGUCAAAGCUAUGUCUGCCCUCUAUCUGUCAAAGGUGGCACCUCAGGAAUCAACACACAGCCUUUUAAAACUGGCACAAGAACAGUCAUCUGAAUCUGGGAAAAGCAUUAAAAUAACCAAGAUGGCCAAAGACUCCCAACUUAGGAAAGAUGACCUCCCUCCAACUCCUUUAGCCAGACAUCAGCCAGAACCAGAAGACAUCUCUGAGGCACAUUCACAACAAUCCAUGCCAGCCCAACUAUCCAAAGACAAGUUACACCAGCAGCGGCAGAAGUGUGAGCUGAGAAGACUCCUGAAGCACACUCACCCAGAGCUGAAUAUGUUGGAUGAAGUUGUGGAUCAGGAGCUUGCUGAGGUUUUGAGCUCAGAGACUGGGGUGACAGCUGAUGAAACUGGAUACGAGGGAGAGGUCCUCUCAAGACGCUUGAUAUUUGAGAACUGUGCCUUGAGUAACAAAAAAUCUCCUUACACACCCAUGAUGCACAUGGCAGACGGAAGGAUGGAUAGAGGUGAUGUCAGUAAAACAUCAGCAGUGUUUGAGAAGCAUGAAGAGAGGCAAUGUAAUGAAAGUGUGGAGGAUGACAGAAUGCUUGGUUGUAGUCCAGAUCCUGACAGAGAGUGUGAAGAGGAGAUGUUAAGAAUAGAUGUCCAGGCUACCAGGAGGAUAUUUGAGAUUCAGUCUGGGAAAACAUCUAGGCUGUAUCCAGAUAAUAAGUUCAAAGGAAAAGUUUCUAUUUCUGGUGGUGAGACAGGGCCAGUCCAGAAACGAAAACAUGAGAAUAAAAUGUGUAGCAAAGAGAAUCUACACAGUGAAAACAAAAGCAAAACAUCUAUCAAAGGUUUUGAUUUGACAGAUCAGCCCCAUAAACAAGGGCCAUGUGUAUAUGUUGUUGGCCAAAGCACUAACCAUGAUUUUUCUGGUGGGGAAGAGGAUUCUUCUGGUAAAUCAGCAUUUGAGGAUGAUCCUACAAGUCUUUCAGGUCCAGAAGGAUUUGAGGAAAUUAUCAAAACAAGUGCUGCUGUUUUCAAAAACAACCCAUUUAUCUCAACAAAUAUAGACAUAGAAAAUUCCUAUGUGCAUACAUCAAAAUCCCAAAUCCCAGCAAAUCCCAGUGGGGCAGCUGAGGACUGCCACUUAACUAAUGUCAAGAACAGAGCCUAUCUGUUUGAGUCAAUACAAUUUGACAAAAUCAGGCAUCAGAAUAAGGACGAAAUUGAGACAUGGGUUGAGAACAUCAAGGAAACAUUGAACUCCCUUUAUUGCGUUAAUGCCAUACAUUCAGAUGGAUCAAUCAUUGAGGUGAAUGAGACAAUGAUAGCUAAAAAGGCUAAAUUCACACUAUCACAGCGUGGGCCUGAGAUAAAAUAUGAUGAGGUGGCUGAAGGCGGUGCACAAAAUUUCAUACUCCAGUUGCUACCACGGGCAAGCCUAAAGCCUCAGAUCACUUACUUAAAGGAGGAUAGCAAAGGAGGUAUGGAGGCCACAGUGGUGAAUGUACCUGUGCACCAGCAUCACUUCACUACCAGCCAAGACACAGAGUUUAAAACUGCCAAUGUGGUUCAGCUUGUUGAGGAUAUUCUCAAUCAAGAUAACUCUCUGAGGAAAGGAGUGAUCAUUCAGGAGGAUGCCAACAAAUGUGCUGAAGUCAUUGUUUAUUCCCUCUACAAUUAUUUUGAUGAGGAAGAUGUGAAACGUUACAGUGCUCCACAAGGGCUUGCUGCAUAUGAUGAUGAACCAGAAACAAAGAAAAUUGAUAUUAGUAAAACAGAAAAUCAAGGACUAAGAAAAGGGAUUAUUGAAUCAAGCAUAAGCUGCCUUCUAGAAACUUCACAAGACCAAACCUGCACAAGAUCAAUCAGGCCUGAAGUUACACUAAAAGGGAAUUUGAAACUGUUCAAGAGUUGUAUUGAAAAGGGAGGUCUGGGGUAUUUGAAAACUCUGCAGGCUGAGCCAACAGUGCAGGAACAGCAACCCCCUCCAAACCAAAGUGUCACUGGAGAAAGCACACAGAAUCGCAAUGGACUGAGAGGUGAUCAGGCAGAAGAACCUUCUUCAGAGUGGGCCCCAGUGGAUGUAAAGAGACUGAAAGGCGUGUACUCUCAAAGACAAAGCCAAGCAAAGCAAAAUAUCCAUGAAAAUUGUACCCAAUCUACCACCAUUUCUUAUGCAUUUUCAGGGCAAAUGAUGCCACUUGGAAAAAGCCAGUCCUCUAGAGAAUGCAACGUUGGAGUAUGCGCCCAUGGGCAAAUAAAAAAUACCUUUUGGGAGUGUAAUGGCGGAGCACAAGAAGAAGUGGACCCCACAGUUGGACUACAUCUUGAAACACAGGAUGAUUACAGGAUCCAUCAAGCUGAAUUAGUUGAGGUGGUAGAUGACAAGGACGAAAUCUCAAACCUCAAAACUGAUUUCCAUAGCUUCCAACAGGCCACAAUUGACGCCAAAUCUUUGUAUCACUCAUCAAAAAACAAACAGAAAAUUCUUGUUCAAAAAUCUUCCGAGGAACAAGUUGUCUCAGUUACAGCAGGUAAUGUCAAACACUCAAGAACAGAAGCAGAAUUACCUCAAGAAAAUGAGUUCCAAAAAGUGGACUCAGGCACUGAGCCAAGGUUGAAUGAAGUUCCCUCAGCCUCCAACUUCACUUCAGAACAUAAAUUAGACCAGCAACAUGACAAUACAGAGACAUGCCAUGAAGACACUAAUUCUGAAGAAGUUCAAACUACUGAGACAUACAGAAAAAAGGGUCAAAAAAGCAUGGAUGUCGCUCAGAAAAACUUUGAAACUAUGGUUGAUAGUUCAGAAACAAAACCUUCACAACAAGAGGAAGAGGAAGUUGUUUUUCAGGGUAAACUUCAAGCAGCUUUGGAUUCCUUAGAGAGAUCCAACAUUAAUGUCACAAGGGGAGAUUUCAAAGCAGCUAUGAUAUAUAGACACGGUUCCAAACCUCACAAAGAAAGAUCCCAAAAUGUGGAUGUGGCGUAUGUUCAAAAGCCCAUUAUCAAGGAGUUUUGCCCUGGGUCUGAACCCAGAUUAACUCAAGUACUAUUGAGACAAGGGGUCUCCAAGGAAGACGUGACUGUAGCAAAUGCGGAGCCCCAAAGCCAAAUUGAAACCCUAAAUAAACUACCUACAAGUACUGUCUCGGAGAAGAGCAAAAGGCGUGUUGGUUCAAAACCAGCCAUUCCAUCUAAACCGGAGCAUCUGAAAGUGAAACAAAGAGAUAAUCAAUCAACCAACACAAAGAAUCUUGAGGCAACCCAAACAAAUACUAUAAGACCUGAAAUGAAAAAGCAAUCCAAAGAAGAUUCUGUUGCUCAACCACUGACAACAACAUCAGUGUCAUGUAAGGAUGAACAUAUGAAAGACCUGUGCAAAACAAACAGUGGUGCAUACUUAGGGCCAUAUUCUGUAGAUCAUAAAGGCGAAAUCAUUCAGAUGUCUCAGAAAAUUCAAGUAAGACAUCAAGUCCAAGGCUCAAUCGAUAACACCGACAAGAAUAGUUAUCGACCAGAGGAGAUAAAUGCCACAGGAGAAGCAAAACAACCCCAGGAAAACCCCCCUGUCAAAGAGAAUAUGAAUGAAACAGAUGAAAGUCAUGUCGAUUUUCAUGAAGCAUGCCAGAAAUUUGGAGGUAAAAAGGCAUUUUCAGUGAAGAAUGUUCCUAUAAAGCCAGAUAGAGUAAAAAUUGCCCAGCCUGAAAACAAAAACCCAAAAGAUACAUCUGGAGAUAUUAAUUCACCUAUUCUCGCACAUACGGAUCCAAAACCACAACAAACUAUAAUUGGUCCAUCCUACAAUGGCGCAAACACCAGUGGACAAAGUGCUGACAGCAAAGACGAUCACGAGAGAGAAAUGAAAAAAGAAAGCAAAGUUGAGAUGAGGGAAAAGAAAGGACGAACCGAGACGGAGGGCGAGCGCCGACAGCGGCUGUCAGUUCACAUGGAUGAGAUCAUGAGGGGGAACAUAACAGCGGCCAUGGAAAUUUUUGACAACUUGCGAAAGCAGGAAGAACUGCAGAGCAUUCUAAGUCGAGUUGAAGAAAUUGAACAAGACACAAGCAAGGUUGAUGUGAAGUCUCUGAGGAGAGUAUUUGAGAAUGUCCCUGACUGGGUUGUCAGCUCCGACAAAAAGAAACAAAAAAAGGCAAAAAUGGAACAUAAAGAGGAGAAGUCACUAUUGAAGGAUGACCCUGUAAGCAAGUCCUCAAUGGCACAUGUUUUUGGAGAUCUUGAGAGAGCCAGUGAGGAAAUAAUAAAUCUAAAAGAGCAGACCUUAGCCAGACUUAUGGACAUAGAGGAAGCCAUAAAGAAGGCUCUUUAUUCUGUCUCUGCAUUGAAAUCUGAUUCGGAUAUUGCUGGUUUAUCAUGCCUGUUCAAAGAGUCCUUAGGGACAGUGCAAGGAUCCCCACCCUCUGGUAAUAUUAGCAAAAUUAGCAUUGGGUCAAGCAGAACAAAAUCACUGCAUGCACAGGAAAGCCCUAUCACAAAGGGAAACACAGCUCUCCUAGCUGGGCAAGGUGCAAGAAAUGAAGUAGUCCCUGGAAAACAACGAGCAAGUCCCCCAUCUUCACCUGCCUUCAUCUCCAUCCAAUCAGCUGCUAGAAAGACAGAUAAAACAGAUGUGGUGCCACCAGAGACAACAAUCUGCCCAACAUAUCAGCAAAGCCCAAAGACAGAGGAGAUAUUUCAGACAACAAAGACUCUGACAUGCAACAGCCCUGCUCAAAACAGAAAGAGCGAUCCCAGGAAAGGAGGUCAAAAACAAUCCACUUACAGCCAACUUAGCCCUAAACGAGAGCUCAGUGUAAUGGAGGUGCAGACUGGCCAUGAGGGGAACAGUAUUAUAGGAACCAAAACAAUCACAGAGAACUAUGAGCAGACCGAUAACUUUGGUAACCAGUUCUACUCAUCUAAAACUUCCACUGUUGUCACUACUCAGCCAGAAACCAUGACAUCAUCCACAGGUCAGGCAUUGGUCAGUCCGGCUACAUAUCAGGUCACAACAUACCCAGAAGUUUGGAUGCCAAUCAAUCAGAAACCUUAAGUCAUGCACAGAUAGGGUACAGUUAGUCACUGUUUAGCUGGUUUGGGCAGUGUUUUUGAUUAUCUAUAUGGAAAUGUUGUCAUGUACAUAAUUUUAUUAGCUAAGAUAUUAAUUAUGUUGUUUAUCAUUGCUUGUUUGUUUAUAAAUGAGAAGUUUUCAUUGGUUUAAGAUGGUCUUAUUGAUGU